GGUCUUGGCGCCUCCUCCAUCCUGGGGCCCGCAGCGGAGGGAUGUUCCCUGCCCAGGAGGAGGCCGACAGGACGGUGUUUGUGGGCAAUUUAGAGGCCCGCGUGCGGGAGGAGAUUCUGUACGAGCUGUUCCUUCAGGCUGGGCCACUAACCAAAGUGACUAUAUGCAAAGACAGAGAAGGAAAGCCGAAGUCUUUUGGAUUUGUCUGCUUUAAACACCCAGAAUCAGUGUCUUAUGCCAUAGCUUUGCUGAAUGGAAUUCGUUUAUAUGGAAGACCAAUUAAUGUGCAAUAUCGAUUUGGAAGUUCACGCUCUUCUGAACCAGCUAACCAAAGUUUUGAGAACUGUGUUAAGAUAAAUUCACAUAGCUACAGGAAUGAAGAAAUGAUGGGCAGAUCGUCCUUUCCCAUGCAAUUUUUUCCAGUUAAUAAUGCUGCUGUGCCUCAAGAAUCCUUUUUCUUUCAGAAGAUGCAGUGGUUCGCACAUAAUCCAGCGCCGCAGCUUCCUUACUAUGAGAUGACAGCCCCGCUUCCGAGCAGCGCGCCCGGGUCUUCCUCACUCAGUCAUGUUCCAGACCUGGAGGCUGGCCCCAGCUCUUACGAAUGGACUCUCCAGCAACCAAGUGACUCUGACCUCUAUCAGCUGAGUAAACGAAAGAGGCAAAAACCACCCAGUGACAGUGAGAGCAGCACGGAAAACAGCAGAGGAAAUGAAUACAGCCAGAAGUUCCGGAAGUGUAAGAAGAAGAAAAAAUAUUAGCAUGACCUUCAAAUGAAAUGUGCCUGCCCACAUUUUAAUUCUCUUACAAAAACUGUAUUCUAUCCAAUAACCAGUUUCAUGGCUGGCUUGUCAUUUUUGAAAUAUAUAACACUAUGAUAUAUCUGACUAUUCGGUAUUUUCCUUGAAUGACAGAAGCUUUGUAAAGGCAAUGUAAUGUAUUACUUUUUUCUAUUUGUUGUGAUAUUUUUGACCGAUUAUCAACUAGGAAUGCACUUCAUAGAAUUUUUAGAAUUGAUUAUGAAAGUCUGUAAACUGUUCUUCCAAAGAUGUUUACUAUACAUUUGCAAACCAGGAACCAUCCUCCCUAAAUUAUCAUCUAAAAUGCUCAGCUACAGAUACAUUGAGAUUAGUUAUGGAGCAGUGGAUUUUCUGAAAGAAAUUUGUGCAGAUAUUUAAAAGUUACGUGUUGUUACUAUUAGAGACAGAAUAAGCAGACUUUGUUAAAAACACUUUAUUUUUUAUGUCUCAAUAUGUUGGUUCUGGGCCUUUCUCUCCUGCAGUUUUAUUUCAUAAAACUAGGAUUUAGGACUAUAAUACCAAAGGAAAGAUAAUUAUCAUAGAACUAGCUUUUAGGUCAUUUCCCUUCCAUGUGAUUUUAUACACACAGGGAUACCUGCAUCUUCUUACUUAUUAAUUGUAUAUCAUGAAUAUUAGUUGUGUUGUAUUUAUGUUCGCCUCUUUUGCAAGGAGAGUUUGAGAGAAUAUACUUAACAAUUUAAUCUUGAUAGUGAACAG